AGUGAGGAGAGGUCCUGAGGGAGAAGCGAGGGGCAGAGCGGCUCCAGGGAGCCGAGGGGCUGCUGGCGUCCCAUGCCAAGCAUCACGGAGGGGUGCUGAGCGGGCGCAGCCGAGCGGAGCGGCUCCCGCGGUCUCCUCCGGGCUCUGAAGAUGAUGAAGAGGCAGUUCAAUCGGAUGCGGCAGCAGCUGUCCCACCCCAGCAUCGCCGGCCGAGCCCAAGAAGCAACCGAGCUCCUGCCGGAAGAUUUGCUGCAGAUCGAGCAGAGGAUCGAGCCAGCCAAGCGAGCAGCUCACAGCGUGUCCAAGAGGCUCCAGGCCUGCCUGCAGGGACAGUGUGGCUCCGAGAUGGACAAGCGAGUGAAGAAGCUGCCCUUGAUGGCUCUGUCCACAACGAUGGCUGAGAGCUUCAAGGAACUGGACACAGAGUCCAGCCUCGGGAGAGCCCUGGAGAUGGGCUGCUGCAUACAGAGCUCGCUGGCCAAAAUCCUGGCUGAGUUUGAGAUCGCCCUGGAGCGCGACGUCUUGCAGCCCCUCAACAAGCUCAGUGAGGAGGAGCUUCCCAUCAUCCUAAAGCGCAAGAAGACCCUCCAGAAGCUGAUCUCUGACUGGAACAGCAUCAAGAGCCGGCUGAACCAAGCUGCCAAGAGCUCCAGUAACAGCAUUGGCACUGGCACUGGCCCAGGGGCAUCUUCUGCUGCCAACAAACUGGAGGUCUUGAAGGAAGAAGAGGAGGAGGUGAAGAGGAAGGUGGAGCAGUGCAAGGAUGAGUACAUGGCUGACCUCUACCACUUCUCCACCAAAGAGGACAGCUAUGCCAGCUACUUCAUCAAACUGCUGGAAAUCCAAGCCCAGUACCACCGGCAGUCCCUGGGAUCUCUGGACUCGGCUCUGGCAGAGCUGAAGGAAAGCCACAGCCAGACAGAGCCCUCCUUGGCUGCAGACACCCCGGUGGCAGGGUACUACGGCGUGCCCCUGGAGACCCACCUCAAGAGCUUGGGCCGGGAGAUCGCACUGCCCAUCGAAGCCUGUGUCAUGAUACUGCUGGCCUCUGGCAUGAGGGAGGAGGGACUGUUCCGGGUGGGAGCAGGCGCCUCGGUGCUGAGGAAGCUGAAGAGCAGCUUGGCCAGCGGCUCCGGUGCCCUGGAGGAGUUUUACUCGGACCCCCACGCUGUGGCUGGUGCACUGAAAUCCUACCUGCGGGAGCUGCCCCAGCCUUUGAUGACCUUCGAGCUCUACGACGAGUGGGUCAAAGUGGCCAGCCUAAAGGAUGUCGACAGCCGUGUGGAGAGCCUGCGAGACACCUGCAGCCGCCUGCCCAGGGAGAGCUACAACAAUCUGAGGUACCUGAUCAAGUUUUUAGCCAAGCUGGCCGAACACCAGGAGGUGAACAAAAUGACUCCCAGCAACAUCGCCAUCGUGCUGGGCCCCAACCUGCUGUGGCCGCAACCGAGCGUGGGAGACCCGCUGCAACUGGACUUGGCCUCAGCCUCCUCCAUCCAGGUGGUGGCUGUGGUGGAAGCCCUCAUCCAGAACGCUGACACCCUCUUCCCUGGAGAGGUGGAUUUCAACGUCUCGGGCAUGUUCACGCCGCCUGCAACUGAGGGCCCUGACGAGGUGGCUGCAGUGGAAGCGCUGAGCCCCGAGCCCGCUCCAGCCAGCACACACGCUCUCCCGGAUGGAGAGGCCACCUCGAGGGACAGUGAGGCCGGGUCCCAGCCGGCAUGUCCAGAGGUGACCGGCCCGUCUCCCGAAGCUGUGGGGCCGCCGGCUCCCACCACGGCUGACGACACCACCCGCAAAGGCAAGCGCCCGGCUCCAGCCCGCCCCGUGAUGCCGCCGCCCGUGGCCCAGCCCCGCAGCACGGCUCCUGCCCCCGCAGCCCCUGAGCACGCAGCCAGCCCCAAGGCCCGGCCGCGACGGCUGGUGGGGGCAGCCGGGCGAGCCCCCUGCGUCCCGCCGCCGCUCCCCCCGCAGCCCGCGCGCCGCCACAGCCGGGACGCCCCGCCGUCCCCACGGCCUCCCGCCGGCGCCGCCACGGACUGCGCCCCGGCAGCCGCGGACCAGGGGACGCCGCAGCCCGCCGGAGGAGGGAGCCCCUUGGCCACACCACCACCCGCGGGACAGCCCUCGGAGAACUGAGCGGGGUGGGCGGCACGGGAGCACCGCGGGGCCGGGAGACGGGGUCCGGUGGGCGCUCUGGCAAGGCCAGGGACAACGCCUCAGAGUUGGCACG